AUCCUUCUACCUGAGCCUCCUAACGUGCUGGGAUUACAGGUGUGAGCCACUGUGCCCAGCCCCUACUGACUUACUCUUGUGAACAUGGACCUGACACCUGCCCUGAUGCCCACACUUGAGUUCUUAGAGGACUCCAAGUCCCCAGAGGAGAACUACUCCCCCACGUGCCUCCAGAAGUAAGAGCCUUUCAAAGGUGCUAUCCCACAACCUGUACACAGUCCUGCACAUCCCCCAUGACCCCGUGGCCCUGGAGGAGCAUUUCCGAGAUGACGACGACGGCCCUGUGUCCAGCCAGGGCUACAUGCCCUACCUCAACAAGUACAUCCUGGACAAGGUGGAGGAGGGGGCUUUUGUUAAAGAGCACUUUGAUGAGCUGUGCUGGACACUGACGGCCAAGAAGAACUAUCGGGCAGAUAGCAACGGGAACAGCAUGCUCUCCAAUCAGGAUGCCUUCCGCCUCUGGUGCCUCUUCAACUUCCUGUCUGAGGACAAGUACCCUCUGAUCAUGGUUCCUGAUGAGGUGGAAUACCUGCUGAAGAAGGUGCUCAGCAGCAUGAGCUUGGAGGUGAGCUUGGGUGAGCUGGAGGAGCUGCUGGCCCAAGAGGCCCAGGAGGCCCAGGCAGCCCAGACCACCGGGGGGCUCAGCGUCUGGCAGUUCCUGGAGCUCUUCAACUCAGGCCGCUGCCUGCGGGGCGUGGGGCGGGACACCCUCAGCAUGGCCAUCCACGAGGUCUACCAGGAGCUCAUCCAGGAUGUCCUAAAGCAGGGCUAUCUGUGGAAGCGAGGGCACCUGAGGCGGAACUGGGCAGAACGCUGGUUCCAGCUGCAGCCCAGCUGCCUCUGCUACUUUGGGAGUGAAGAGUGCAAGGAGAAAAGAGGCACUAUCCCGCUGGAUGCACACUGCUGUGUAGAGGUGCUGCCAGACCGCGACGGAAAGCGCUGCAUGUUCUGUGUGAAGACGGCCACCCGCACGUAUGAGAUGAGCGCCUCAGACACUCGCCAGCGCCAGGAGUGGACGGCUGCCAUUCAGAUGGCGAUCCGGCUGCAGGCCGAGGGGAAGACGUCGCUGCACAAGGACCUGAAGCAGAAGCGGCGCGAGCAGCGGGAGCAGCGGGAGCGGCGCCGGGCAGCCAAGGAGGAGGAGCUGCUGCGCCUGCAGCAGCUGCAGGAGGAGAAGGAGCGGAAGCUGCAGGAGCUGGAGCUGCUGCAGGAGGCGCAGCGGCAGGCCGAGCGGCUGCUGCAGGAGGAGGAGGAGCGGCGCCGCAGCCAGCACCGCGAGCUGCAGCAGGCGCUGGAGGGCCAGCUGCGCGAGGCGGAGCAGGCCCGGGCCUCCAUGCAGGCUGAGAUGGAGCUGAAGAAGGAGGAGGCUGCCCGACAGCAGCAGCGCAUCAAGGAGUUGGAGGAGAUGCAGCAGCGGUUGCAGGAGGCCCUGCACCUGGAGGUGAAAGCUCGGCGGGAUGAGGAGGCCGUGCGCCUCGCCCAGACCAGACUGCUGGAGGAGGAAGAGGAGAAGCUGAAGCAGCUGAUGCUGCUGAAGGAGGAGCAGGAACGCUACAUCGAACGCGCACAGCAGGAGAAGGAAGAGCUGCAGCAGGAGAUGGCCUUGCAGAGCCGCUCCCUGCAGCAGGCCCAGCAGCAGCUGGAGGAGGUGCGGCAGAACCGGCAGAGGGCGGAUGAGGACGUGGAGGCUGCCCAGCGGAAGUUGCGCCAGGCCAGCACCAAUGUGAAACACUGGAACGUCCAGAUGAACCGGCUCAUGCAUCCCAUUGAGCCUGGAGAUAAGCGUCCUGUCACCAGCAGCUCCUUCACAGGCUUCCAGCCCCCUCUGCUUGCCCGCCGUGACUCCUCCCUAAAGCGUCUGACCCGCUGGGGAUCCCAGGGCAGCAGGACCUCCUCACCCACCAGCAGUGAGCAGCAGAAGUCCCUCAAUGGAGGGGAUGAGGCUCCAGUCCUGGUUUCCACCCCUCAGGAAGAUAAACUGGAUCCAGCACCAGAAAAUUAGCCUCUCCUGGCCCCUUGUUCCUCCCAACAUUGUGUCCACCAGGACCUAGCCACAGCUGGCCUGUGGGUGACACCAGCCUCUGCUAGGAGAGGGAGCUGAGGUCCUGCUGCCAGGGGCCCAGGCCCUCCAAACAUAAAACAGUCCAGGACGGGACCUGAUUCAUCUUUCACACCAGCUCCAAGCCCCAGACUCGGGAGGCUGUCUGGGAUGUUGGUCCUCAAGAACUUGGCCCUGUGCUUUAGCCCAAAGGACCUGAUGACUCGAGCUGCGAAACAGAGUAAGCAAACAAGCCAGGGGCCUUCUGCCCCCAGGCUGCCACCAAAUUGUGGAGGCACAUUUCCAAAUAAAAACUGCUGUUGGAAUGAA